AUGUCUACGGACGGGAAAAUGAAAAUUGCAUCCCUACGCAACAACAGGGGGGCCUUCACUAGAGAGCAAAAACUAGUAAUGACCGUUUGGUUUCACGAAAGAAUGUACACAGGAAUGUCUUACAAUCAGCUCUGUAUAAAUUUUCAAAUAAGAUUCCAAACAAAACCGCCAACCCGCAACGUUUUAAGAAUUUGGGACCAAAAACUAUUCAAAGACGGGUUCUUUUUUAGAGUACCAGGAGAACGUCCCUCUUCCUAUUUACCCAGGUUGGUACACAUACCCUAUGUUCUAGAAUCGUUCCUUAGGUUUCCAGAUUUAUUAGAAACCAGUAGGGCCAAUAUGCUUGGCAUACAUUUGAAUUCUUUAAGAAGUAUUCUAAAAAUGGACAUCAGUCCACAAGAAGUAGAACAAUGUAAGCAAAAAGGAAGGGAGAAAGCAGUAAGUGGUAGUAGUAAUACGACCUCAUCCCAUGAUGAGAGCAGCUCUUCGAAGGAAGAUAACUGUGAAGAAAAUGAUAGCGUAGAAAUAGAGCCAGUUGGUGUUGAAGAAGAUUUUACAGUAGAAUUCAAUAGUGAUGAAGAUGAAGGAAACUUAGAAACUCAAGUGGUAUGUGAAGAAAUUAUCAUUAAAAGUGAUUUUGAUUAA